AUGAGGUCCCCCCCGCCAGAGGUCCUUUUGUCAUGGCCCAAGCCCAACUAUGUCGACCCCGUCACCAGAGGCCCCGGACUGAUGAUUGUUGAGUUGACGCUGCUCCCCAUUGCCAUGCUGGUCGUGUUUCUCCGGCUCUGGGUGCGCAUCUCAUGGCUGAAGAAGAGCUGGUAUGACGACUACCUGAUGAUUGUGGCCAUGAUUUUCAGCAUUGGCACGACCGUCGUGGUCAUCAUGGCGUCUCAGCUGUACGGCUGGGAUCGCCAUGUCUGGGACCUCAAGCCGCACCAGAUGAUGGUGGGAAGACAGGCGUCCAUGGCGUGCCAGACACUGUUCGUCCUCGCAUCGUCGACGGUCAAGAUGUCGAUCCUCGUCUCCUACUUUCGCAUUGCACCGGAAAAGUCGACGUUCCGCAAGUUGGUGUGGGCUACGUUUGCUCUCGUCUUUGCUGCUUUCGUCGUCUUCCUCGUUGCCCUGUGGGUUCAAUGCAUUCCCAUCUCGAGUUACUGGAGGCUGAAUGCGGACCACCGCGACUGUAUCCCGGAAGGACCGCCGCUGGUGGUGCAGAGUGUGCUCAACGUCGUAACCGACUUCAUGAUCUACGCACUGCCGAUCCCUACCCUCUUCUCGCUUUCGCUGCCAUGGAGCCAACGCAUUGGACUGGCGGUUCUCUUCUCGGUGGGCGGAGUCAUUGUGGUUGCCAGCAGCUUCCGGGCCUACUGGGUGCAUUACACACUGUUUGAAACAUACGACGCAACAUGGGAGGGGUACCAGAUCUGGGUAUGGACAGCCGUCGAAACAAACGUCGGGGUUAUUUGCGGAUGCAUUCCGGCGCUCAAGCCGUUGCUAUUCCCGCACCGAGCCCGGCAGCAGGGCUCUAGGUACGCCAGCGGGUCGCAAAACAGCAGGAAGAAGGAGAAGGUUACGCCUGUCAUCGACCAGGUUGAGAUGGACACGCGCAGGCUGACUGAAACGGAUGAGGCGCAGCAGGACAUUGCCAUUACCGCAGCGUCGGGCCACCGCAGCAUGCUGUCGGAGCGGCCGAUGAGUGGCAAUACGGACAAGAGCCGGUUCGACCUUGACAUUGAGCAACAAAAAGCCUACAUGUACUGA